AUGGGCAGCAAGCGACGUAGCGCGCAUGCCACGCCACCUAGUGCGUCGUCUGUUAAGAAGGAGUGGUCACCUGUGCCUCAUGCAGAGCAGGAGACGAAAAAGUCACGAAUUGUUGAGCCUGAUGCUGUCGUGACAGACGAGUUUACUGCCUCGGCGGAGUCUGAGGUGCCUGCGGCCACUGCGGCCGACGAGAAAGAGGCGACCGAUGAAAACAAGCAUGGCGUCCUGAAACUCAAGCAUGAUAUUCGACACGAAGUCGCUGUGCCUCCCGGCUACGACUACAAGCCCUUGUCGGAGCACGUACCACACGACCCACCUGCACGUACGUGGCCUUUCGAGCUGGAUCCAUUCCAACGAAUGUCCAAGUACUGUAUUGAGCGGAACGAAAGUGUGCUGGUAUCGGCGCAUACGUCCGCCGGUAAGACGAUCGUGGCUGAGUAUGCUAUCGCGCAAGCGCUACGUGAUGGACAGCGCGUGGUAUAUACGUCGCCUAUCAAAGCUUUGUCGAACCAGAAGUACCGCGAGUUCUCAGCGGAGUUUGGUGAUGUGGGUCUGAUGACCGGUGAUGUGACGAUCAACCCUAGUGCCUCGUGCCUGGUCAUGACUACCGAGAUUUUGCGGUCCAUGCUGUAUCGUGGCUCAGAAAUUAUGCGCGAAGUCGCCUGGGUCGUCUUCGAUGAGAUUCACUAUAUGCGCGACAAGGAGCGCGGUGUGGUGUGGGAAGAGACGAUCAUUCUGCUUCCUCGCAAAGUUCACUAUGUAUUCCUCUCGGCUACGAUUCCCAAUGCACGCCAGUUUGCCGAGUGGAUUGCGCAUAUUCAUGCCCAGCCAUGCCAUGUGGUGUACACCAAUUACCGCCCAACGCCGUUGCAACACUACCUGUUCCCCCAGGGCGGCAACGGUAUUUACCUAGUUGUCGAUGAAAAGGGCACGUUCCGCGAAGACAACUUCCAGAAGGCCAUGAGCGCCCUGGCCGAUGCACGUGGCGAUGAUCCUGCCAGUGCCGAGGCAGGCAAAGGCAAGAAGGGUCAGACGAAGAAAGGCGGCACCUCGGGUCCUUCUGACAUUUAUAAGAUUGUCAAGAUGAUUAUGCUGCGCCAGUACAACCCUGUUAUUGUGUUCGCCUUCAGUAAGCGACAGUGUGAAGCAUUGGCAUUGCAAAUGAGCAAGCUCGAAUUCAAUACCGAAGAGGAGAUGAAGUUGGUCGAAACGAUUUUCGCUAAUGCCAUGGAUGCGCUUGAAGAAGACGAUCAGGCGCUGCCGCAGAUUGCUCAGAUUCUCCCGCUGUUGCGUCGUGGUAUUGGUAUCCACCAUGGUGGUCUGCUUCCGAUCCUCAAAGAAGUGAUUGAGAUUCUCUUCCAGGAAGGUCUGCUGAAAGUGCUCUUUGCCACGGAGACAUUUAGUAUCGGUCUGAAUAUGCCGGCGAAGACCGUCGUGUUCACAGCAGUACGAAAGUGGGACGGCAACGAGUUCCGCAACUUGUCGUCGGGUGAGUUUAUUCAGAUGAGUGGUCGUGCAGGUCGUCGUGGUCUGGAUGACCGCGGUAUUGUGAUCAUGAUGUUUGACGAAAAGCUGGAGCCUAAAGCGGCGAAAGUGAUGGUGAAAGGCGAAGCGGAUCGUCUGAACAGUGCCUUCCACCUCGGGUACAAUAUGAUCCUCAACCUGAUGCGUGUAGAAGGUAUCUCGCCCGAGUACAUGCUAACCAACUGUUUCUACCAAUUCCAGAACGCCGCGUCGGUGCCAGCGCUAGAGGCCGCCAUCUCGGAAGCCGAGGCAGAACGCGAUGCUAUGCACGUGACAGACGAAGAAGAGAUCGGAGCGUAUUAUACCAUGAAGAAGACGCUGGCACAGCUCAACGAGGACCGCCGUGAAGUGAUUCGUAACCCUCAGUUCUCGCUGCCAUUCUUGCAGCCUGGUCGUCUUGUGCAGGUGCAAGGCGAAGAGCGCGAUUUCGGGUGGGGCGUCGUCGUAGCCUGUCAGAAACGGGCGCCACCGCGUGGCGCGCCGACGCCGACGUCAAGUGUAGUAGGUCCAUCGCAGUACGUGGUGGAUACGCUGCUGCGAUGUGCGCCUGGCACCGUCGUCCCGAAGCAGCGUGAGCACAUGCCGUCGUUCUCUGGCAUCGAGCCCGCCAAGGACGGAGGCGAAUGGAUUGUGGUGCCUGUGCUUCUCACGCAUGUGCAAGAGUUUAGUGGCAUUCGUGUGUUUUUGCCCAAGGACCUGCGCCUGCGUGAAGCGCGUGUGCAGAUCGGCAAGAACAUGGCCGAAGUUCAUCGCCGUUUCCCGCAAGGGUUGCCGCUCUUGGAUCCUGUGAAAGAUAUGAAGAUCCAGAAUGAUUUGGCUUUCCAGCAGCUGCUUGGCAAGAUUGAGAUCUUGCAGAAGAAGAUGGAGGAGGCACCCAUUGCGCAGGACCAGGCUCGGUGCAAGGCGCUGUACGAGGAGUACGCGGCCAAGCAAGCGGCCGACGACAAGGUCAAGGCAUUGCAGGCGCGCUUGACGGACGCUCAGAAUGUGCUGCAGAUGGACGAGCUGAAGAAGCGCAAGCGAGUGCUUCGCCGCCUUGGCUUUACGUCCGCCGACGACAUUGUCGAGAAGAAGGGCCGUGUAGCUUGUGAGAUCAGUACAGGAGAUGAAUUGCUGCUCACGGAACUCAUGUUCAACGGCACCUUUAACGACCUCACGCCGGAGCAGUGUGCCGCGCUGUUGUCGUGUUUCGUGUUUGGUGAGCGCAGUGAACACCCUGUCCGGCUCAAGGAAGAGUUGGCCGGCCCGCUUCGUGUGCUGCAAGACACAGCGCGUCACAUUGCCAAGGUCUCGAGCGAUGCGAUGCUCACUGUGUCAGAGCAAGAGUAUGUGCAGAGCUUCAAAGUGGAGUUGAUGGAAGCGGUCCUGCAAUGGUGCGGUGGUGCGCGCUUCGCCGAUAUUUGCCGCAUGACAGACGUGUUUGAAGGCUCGAUUAUUCGUGCGUUCCGUCGUCUGCAAGAGCUGCUGCAUCAAAUGGCGGACGCAGCGACGGCCAUCGGCAACGAUGAAUUGGAGCGCAAGUUUGAAGAGGCGUCGAGCAAGUUGGAGCGGCCCAACUCGAUCAUUUUCAGCCCUUCGCUGUAUCUGUAG